AUGCAUUUCAAAAAACACGCAUUUAUCGCAUUUCUUCUCGUAUUGGUGAUUGGAAAUUUCGACGGUGUUCAAGCGGCAAUUCCAGAAUAUCCAUUGUGUUUGGACCGAGGAUCAAAAGGGGUCGCCAAGGAACCCACUUACUUCCUUUUUCUCAUUGAUAAGUUGAUUGGAGAUGAUGUGCUCCCCCGACUUCAAUAUCUCCUUCGAUCGAUUGUAUGCGAGCUUCCAAACGAUGAGAAAAUCAGGAGUAUGGCAAUGUCAUUUGCGGAUAAUCAGUACACGCACACGGAAUACAUCCAUAAAGAAGAUGUCUACGAAGAGCUCUACCGUCCAAUUAGUAACUCUGGAAAAGACGAAUCCACACCGUGUAGCCGUUUCACAAAAGCCAUUGGAAGAUCCCCGCCUGGAGCUCUGGACAAACCAAAUAUUCAAUUCAUCGUUCCAAUGUUCCAACACCCUAAAGACGCACCGAAUUGCUUUGUGAAGGCAUUCCAGACUCAAUUUAAAGAUGACCCGAGGAAAGAGAAUUUUUAUUUGAAUGGAAUGUUGAUCAAUGCGGAGUAUACCAAAGAGAAUGCUCAAUCAGUUCGACUCUUGAUUCCCAAUUUGGAGGCGGCGGUGAAUUUGACGAAACCCUCCCUCUAUUCCGACGACAACAUUCUUCAUGUCACGGACUCUGGAAGAUUGGUUCAAAGCUACUCGGACAUGCUCCGCAGUAUUCUUGCUGGAGAUAAUACUCGAGAUUGGGAUGAGGAUUGGGUACUACCUCCGGAUUUAUUCAAAACAUCAACGUUAGCUCCAAGUACUUCUGGAUCCACGACUCUGAAUACCACAACUACAGUACCCCUAGAAACUUCCAGCCUGUCUCAAAAUGCAACUGAUAUUCUUGAUAAUGGAUACUUUUUUGGGGCAAUGGGAGGAGAUGAGGACAAAACUACAGUAACCCCAUCAAGAAGAUCAAUGGACAGACUGCUGAUUGUGAAUACCACAACUACAGUAACCCCGAACUACACUACAACGGUAGGCCGACGGAACGAGGUGGCGGAUUAUGAGGCACAUGAGGAACCGGUUGAUGAUUUGGAUGAGAUGGGACUGGCAGCAGGGUCCAAGGGACAGAGUGGGACAGGACCCAAUGAACACUAUGUAGUGGCCCCCGGAAAUUUCGAAAGGAGAAAAGAAAUCGACGCUGACUUGCUAAUCUACGUCCUCAUCCUACUCUUCAUCAUUUGGUGUUUCUGCAUCCUCCUGUGUCUCAUUUGGAUCUUUUUCUGUGCCAAAAAGAAGAGAGCCAAGUUGGAAGACGAAGCUGAUGAACGGGCAAAGCUUCUCCAGCCAAUUCAUGGAUCAGAUCCCCCACCAGAACCCACUGCACCAAACUUCUCCACUUCAAAUGAGAGUGGGGAAGAUGAGGUGGAUGAUGAGUGGAAGAAUAUCCAACCUGCCAAGUACACUGACUCUACAGUAUCCACAAAUCAAUCGAAAUCUGAGAUUGAGAGUGUAAAACAACCGGCCCCAGCCAAACAGAUUGCUCCUGUCGAAGUUUCUGAAUUCGAAAAUCAUCCAGAAGAUGAAAUGGAUCAUCGACCAAGACAUGGAGGAUAUUUGGAGACGAAGAGAACUGCUGAACUCCAUUUUGAUUAG